CGUCUGCCCGCGGCGCCCGCGAUCCCGCCGCGGGCGCCAGACCCCAGGCCAGGGUGGGCGCCCGCCACCCUGGAGCUCCCCCAGCCUCGAGUGUGCCCAGUGCUCUGGCACUUCCCCCGAUGGGAUGCGAGGGGGGUGCCAGAGUGCUGGCUGGUCCCAUACUGGGCCCGGCCGCGCCGAUGGCGCGUGCACGACCCCGACGCGGUGUGCAUGCUGUGGCGCACCGCGUCGGGAGAUCUGGGGUGUCUUGGGGCUGGAGAAACAAAAGCAAUCAACAUGGACAAUCAAAAGCAGUGUUUUUGAUUGUCCAUGUUGUUUGUUUUUGUUUCGUCCGCGGGUUCCCCAGGUACACGCGGCACGCCGCGGCGCUGGAGCCCGGCGCGCUGGGCGCGCAGCGCUGAAGGCGACGGGAAGAGAGCAGCGCAGACGCCGCGGCUGACCCAGUUGGCCGACGACCCCGAAGUUGGGUGGGCUUGUCGUCCGACGCCAUUCUCCUCGCUCGGAGGCCAGAGACGCGGCGCGUCCCUCGCCGACCCCUUGGACUGGGCCGUGACGCCCAAAGGUCCCCUGGGCGGCGCCAGCGCCGCGGGCAGCCCGCCCGGCGGGGGGGCGCGGGCGUGCAGGAUCGAGCAAGAGAGGGAAGAGGCGGCGCUGAUCGAGAGCGUGGCACAGGAGGUGAGGGGCCUCAGGGCCCUUUUGCACAUAGGAACGGUCACCGAUUGCCAUUCUCCUUAUGUGUUUCUCCUACUUGUCCUCUCGGCGUUUUCGGUGCCUCUCACGUGGCAUGCUGGACGUUGCUGCGUGGCUAUUUGCUCUUACACGAUCUCGAUGCUUUUGCAUGGUGCGUGCAUGCGUGCAUGUGUAUGCAUGUUCCAAGUUUGAAGUGUGAGUGCCGUCCUGAGUUGUCCGCUAGUGGGAACUUGCAUUUCCGUGUGUACCAGCGUGUUUGACGUGCGCGUGAAGUUGUACGAACUGAUUAUCGGCCGCGAAGUUGUGCAUCGCCAGAAUUGGCCCGGAUGUGAUCUCAUCUGAAGGAGCAGCGGAGGGGGCCAGAGCGUCGAUAAAAGUUUGAGUGCAGAGUCGGGAUAGGCGGCAAGACUCCGUCACUUUUCGCGCGCUCUCCGUGCAGCGUUGCAGCCCAGGACGGUCGUGAACGUGGCGGACCGUGAGUGCAGUCUCUGAUGGCCAUGCGGUAGUGACCAGCAGGGUUGGAGGGGGUGGGGUGGAGCAGAUGGGCCGGCCUUCCAAGAAGGCGAUGCUUCUCGCGCGGCCCGCCGCAGGGCACCCUCCCGGGAACAGGCCGAGGGCCUCCGCCUCUGCCGCGCGCCUUCCGCCGCACCGCGCGGGCCCCUGGCGGCGCUGCGCGCCACAAGCGCGCGCCGGGCGCAUAAGGCUAAAAAAGCGCGAGGCGAACGAUGAAGGGGUGCCAGCA